AUGAUAAACAGACUGCUGCCACGGGCCCGGAGCCUCCCUCGCCUGUCAACGGCCUCCUCUGCUCGCCUCUUCUCCUCCUCAGCCUCCCGUCAUGCCACUUGGGGGUUCAUCGGCCUCGGCCAGAUGGGCUACCCCAUGGCGAGGAACCUGAGGGCAAAGAUACCUGCAUCGGAUACCCUUUUUGUCUGCGACGCCAACCCAGAAACCACCGCCAGAUUCACCGCUGAAACCGAGAACGUCAAAGUCGCCUCCGGGCCCAGAGAGCUGGCCGAGCAGUCGGAUACCGUGGUGACUAGUCUGCCGGAGCCUCAACAUGUAAAGAGCGUUUUCCAUGUCAUCCUCAAGGACGGCCUUCCCAAGCUCGCCCAGGACCGCCUCUUCAUCGACUGCUCGACUAUCGACCCGUCAUCCUCUCGUGAAGUGGCCGCUGCUGUCCAAUCCACCGGAUCAGGUCGCUUUGUUGACGCCCCUAUGUCCGGCGGUGUCGUUGGUGCCACCGCUGGCACCCUUACAUUCAUGCUAGGUGCCCCAUCUGAUGUCCCCGGACUGGUCGAGCGUGCAGAGGCUGCCCUGCUGCUAAUGGGUAAGAAGGUCUGGCACCUUGGUGACCAGGGGGCAGGUCUCUCCGGCAAGCUCGCAAACAACUACCUCCUCGCUGUCGCCAACAUAGCCACCGCCGAGGCCAUGAACCUGGGCAUCCGAUGGGGCCUCCAGCCCGCUGUUCUCGGCCAGAUGAUUAACUCGUCCACUGGCAGAUGCUGGUCCAGCGAGGUAAAUAACCCAGCUCCUGGUGUCAUUAAGGGUUCACCUGCAUCCAGGGGUUACACCGGAGGCUUCGGUGUCAGCCUCAUGAAGAAGGAUCUCCGUCUCGCUGUCGAGGCCGCAAGGGAGUCUGGCACUGCCCUUGAACUCGCUGACACUGUCCAGCAGGUCUAUGAGGCUACCGAGAAGGAACACCGUGGAAAGGACUUUUCCGUAGUUUACCAGUACCUCACUAGCAAAUCUAAGUAG